AACAACUUGAAUUUUUUCGAUCUAGAAGAAAGAUUUUCAAUAGAUUGAAGUUGAUCAAAAGAUCAAAAGAUAUUUUUGUUGAUAAUGGCUACUAUAACAGAAUAUUUUGCUGGGAAAAAGGUUCUUGUCACAGGUGCAACUGGCUUCAUGGGCAAAGUUCUUAUUGAGAAAUUGCUAAGAUCUUGCCCAGAUGUUGGACUCAUUUAUGUUAUAAUCAGAGACAAGAAAGGGCAGUCAGCACAGGAAAGAUGGGACAAUUUAACAAAACUCGAGUUGUUUAACAAAUUAAAAGAAGAAAUCCCAGGAAAUCUGGAAAAGAAAGUGAAGGUCUUAAACGGAGACAUUUUCACGGAAAAGUUUGGGCUGUCAAAAGAAAGUUACGAAGAUUUGAAAACUUCAGUCUCUAUAGUAUACCAUGUUGCUGCAACUGUGAAAUUUAACGAGCCAAUAGAAAUUGCUAUGAGAACCAAUGUAGGCGGCACAAGGACAGCUAUAAAUUUUGCCUUAGAAGUCAAAAAUUUAGAGGUGUUUGUGCAUGUUUCGACAGCUUAUUCAAAUUGUAACAUGAGCGAAGUGGAAGAAAAAGUCUACCCGCCAAUUAUGGACUGGCGUCAGGCAAUGAACAUUAUAAAAGAUACAGAUCCAAGCACACUGAAAAUUAUAACUAAGAAAUUCAUUUCUCCAAUGCCCAACACUUAUGUGUUCAGUAAACAUUUGGCAGAACAGGUUGUGAACGAAACAAAAGGGAAAAUACCCAUAGUUAUAUUUAGACCUUCAAUAGUAAUAUCGUCUUGGAAGGGAGCAUACCCAGGAUGGAUUGACAAUGCGAAUGGGCCGACUGGCAUGUUUAUUGGAAUGGCAAAAGGAGUUGUUCGCGUUCAACUCGCAGAUGAAGAUGCAACACCGGAUUACAUGCCUGUGGAUGUAGCGAUCAAUGCGUUGAUCAUUGCCUCUUGGAAAAAAGGCAGAACCCAUAAUCUGAAAGAAAAAUUGACUGUCAGCAUCUAUAACUCGUGUACGGGUUCAAAAAAUAUAACACUGAAAGAAUUGAGAGAAUUAUGCCUAGGAUUGCAAGACAAGUUUCCUAUAAUGCAGGUGCUCUGGUAUCCAAGAGUACAAGUCACAAAAAACGAAUCUGUAUACAGAAUUGCCUCUUUUUUCAAGCAUUUUUUACCAGCAUUAACGAUUGACACCAUUCUUAUGGUUUUAAAGAAACCUCCUUUGCUACUUCCAAUUCAGAAAAAGGUCAUGAAUGCAACCCUCGCGUUGAAAUAUUUUACAUUGAGAAAAUGGACAUUUCACAAUGACAACUUUACCAGCCUUCUCAAGGAAAUAACGCCCGAAGAUUAUGAAGCGUUUGAUUUUAACUAUGAAAACGGUGAUGUGGAAGAGUUUUUAAGAGUGUGCAUUGAAAAGGGACGUCACCUCCUUCUUAAUGAGACCACGCAAAAUAUAGAAAUGGCAAAGAGAAAGCAUUUCUGGUUGUACUUUCUUGAUGUCUCAUUGAAGAUAGUUUUUGCGCUUGGUUUAACAUAUAUUUUAUACAGUUGGUGUUUCUAAAGACUUAAUUUUAGUUCCUGUUUUAUUUUAUUUCAUUUUAUUUUAAAUACAGUUUGUAUCAAAUCUCAUUUCGUAUUAUAAAAUAUUUUUCAAUGAUAUAAGACUUGUAAUAAAUUCUUCUUGAGCAAAGGAGUUCAACCCACUGAAUUGUCUUAGUUAUUACAUCUACUUUCUUCUUCUAAUUAAAUAAACUUCACAAUUUAUAUUUAUAAUUUGCACUUGAGAAAACAGCAAUCCAAUAAAACAGCAAAAAAAGUUUCA